AUGAAGGACCACGACGCCAUUAAGCUGUUCAUUGGCCAGAUCCCACGGAACCUGGAGGAGAAUGACCUGAAGCCCCUCUUUGAGGAAUUUGGGAAGAUAUAUGAGUUAACUGUGCUGAAGGAUCGGUUCACAGGCAUGCACAAAGGCUGUGCCUUCCUUACAUACUGUGCAAGAGAGUCUGCUAUCAAGGCACAGAAUGCAUUACAUGAGCAGAAGACACUGCCUGGGAUGAAUCGACCCAUUCAGGUGAAGCCUGCUGACAGUGAGAGUCGUGGAGGUAACAGUUGCCUGAGGUCACCUCCACAUCACAGAAAAUUAUUUGUGGGCAUGCUAAACAAACAACAGACAGAGGAUGAUGUGUACAGACUCUUUGAAUCUUUCGGUGUGAUAGAAGAAUGCACAGUUCUACGAGGACCUGAUGGCAACAGCAAAGGUUGUGCAUUUGUGAAGUUCUCCACACACGCUGAAGCCCAGGCAGCCAUUAACGCACUACACGGCAGUCAAACAAUGGCGGGGGCGUCCUCCAGCCUGGUGGUGAAGUUUGCCGACACAGACAAGGAACGCACACUGAGGCGCAUGCAGCACAUGGUGGGUCAGUUCGGGAUGUUCAACCCCAUCCCACUGCAGUUCAACAACACCUACAGCUCCUACGCCCACGCGCUGAUGCAGCAACAAGCAGCUAUUAUGGCAGCCAGCACACACACUGGAUACCUAAACCCUACUGCUGCCUUCCCCACUGCGCAGAUGCACCACAUGGCUGCAAUCAACCUGAACGGACUGGCAGCUGCACCGCUCACACCCACAUCAGGGUUGUCCUCUCCUCCUGGGAUUGCGGCUCCUGCUGUGCCCAGUAUCGUAUCUCCGAUCGGGGUGAAUGGCUACACUGGCCUCUCCACUCAGCACAAUGGGCAUCCCACAGUCGAGGCUGUAUAUGCCAACGGUAUCCACCCAUACACAGCACAAAGUCCGUCUGCAGCCGAUGCCCUGCAGCAAGCUUUCACUGGGGUCCAGCAGUACACCGGUAACUCCAUGUAUCCAACAGCGAUUGCCCAGAUCAGUCAAGCAUUUCCACAGCCGCCACCAGUCAUAACACAACAAAGGGAAGGGCCAGAGGGCUGCAACCUUUUCAUUUACCAUCUGCCCCAGGAGUUCGGGGAUAGUGAACUCAUGCAGAUGUUUCUGCCCUUUGGCUCCGUCAUCUCGUCCAAGGUCUUCAUGGACCGAGCCACCAAUCAGAGUAAAUGCUUCGGUUUUGUGAGUUUUGAUAAUCCCACCAGUGCCCAGGCUGCUAUCCAGGCUAUGAAUGGUUUUCAGAUUGGAAUGAAGAGGUUAAAAGUCCAGUUAAAACGGCCAAAAGAUACCAGCCGCCCGUACUGA